CCGACCGACCGUCACUCUUGGCGGCGGCGGCGGCGGAAGGGCAGGCCGGGCGGAAGGCAGGCAGCAGGCCGAGCCGUUCCCGCUCCGGCUAUGGGGGUCCGGCGGCGCCGCUCGACCCGGUCGCGCGCGGCCUCCUUGCCGGCCCCGCUGCUGGCCACCGGCCGCUGGGCCCGCGUCUUCCAGUGGGGACACUGAGACCGGGGCCGUGGUGCUGCACCGGUCCCAGCCACUGCUGCCACCGCUGCCGCCGUCAAGAUGAGUGCUCCCGGCCAGGGCUUCCCCCUGGAUCUGGGGGGAAGCUUCACGGAGGAUGCUCCGAGGCCCCCAGUCCCCGGUGAGGAAGGGGAGCUCAUCUCCACGGACCUCCUGCGCGGCUCCUCUGUUAGCCACGGCCUCUACUCUGGGAAAUGUGAGAUUCUCAAAGUGGAGACCUCCACGGCUACUCCGAGGCGCCCGGACCUGGACCUGGGCUAUGAGCCGGAGGGCAGCGCUUCUCCCACGCCCCCCUACCUGAGAUGGGCAGAGUCGCUGCACUCCCUGUUGGACGACCAGGAUGGGAUCAAUCUGUUCAGGACCUUUCUGAAGCAGGAGGGCUGCGCAGAUCUGCUGGACUUCUGGUUCGCCUGCAGCGGCUUCCGGAAACUGGAGCCUUUGGACUCCAACGAGGAGAAGAGGCUGAAACUGGCCAAAGCCAUUUACAAAAAGUAUAUCCUGGACAAUAAUGGGAUUGUGUCGCGGCAGAUCAAACCGGCCACCAAAAGCUUCAUCAAAGACUGUGUCAUGAAGCAGUUCAUCGACUCGGCCAUGUUUGACCAGGCCCAGACGGACAUCCAGGCCAUGAUCGAGGAGAACACGUAUCCGCUGUUCCUUAAGUCGGAUAUUUAUUUGGAAUAUACAAGGACCGGGGGGGAGAGUCCCAAAGUGUACAGUGAUCAGAGCUCAGGGUCUGGGACAGGGAAAUGCCUUUCGGGCUACUUGCCUACCCUCAAUGAAGACGAGGAGUGGAAAUGUGACCAAGAGGCUGAGGAGGAUGCCAGUCGUGACACUGUCCCUUCCAGCAGGCUCACCGAAAAGCUGUUGAUGGAGACAGCUCCUCAGCGUGCAACGUCCUCCAGACGAUACAGCGAGGGGAGAGAGUUCAGGCACGGCCCUUGGAGAGAGCCAGUGAAUCCUUACUACGUCAACACGGGCUAUGCAAUGGCCCCGGCCACCAGCGCCAAUGACAGUGAGCAGCACAGCAUGUCCAGUGAUGCAGACACCAUGUCGUUGACAGACAGCAGCGUAGACGGGAUUCCGCCAUACCGACUCCGAAAGCAGCAUCGCAGAGAGAUGCAGGAAAGUGCCAAAGCAAAUGGACGUGUGCCACUACCUCACAUUCCUCGUACGUACCGAAUGCCAAAGGAUAUCCACGUCGAACCACAGAAGUUUGCUGCAGAACUGAUAAAUCGGCUGGAGGAGGUCCUGAGGGACCGGGAAGCAGAGGCCAAACUGGAGGAGCGCCUGAAGCGUGUCAGAGCGGAGGAAGAAGGCGAUGAUGCAAACAUCCCCUCAGGCCCUUCCCUGCUGAGCCACAAGCUGCCCCCGGCACAGCUCUUGCCUCACUUUGCCCCCCGCUACGCCGAGAUGCCGCUGAGGGAUGCUCACGAGGAGAACCCGGAGAGCAUCCUUGACGAACACGUCCAGCGCGUCAUGAAAACGCCCGGCUGCCAGUCGCCGGGCCCCGGCCGGCACUCGCCCAAGCCCCGCUCCCCCGACGGUGGGCUGGCCGGGAAGCUGCUGCACAGCAUGGCAGGGACGAUCCCGCUGGGGCACAGCAAGCACGCGGCCAAGGCCGGGCUGAAGCUGGACGCUGCUAACCUUCACCACCACAAGCACGUGUACCACCACGUCAUCCAUCACCACGGCGCCCUCAAGCCCAAAGAGCCGCUGGAGGCGGAAGCCGGCCCCCCCAGGGGGCAGGGCAGCUUUGCCUGGAAUGCGGAUGCUCACAGCUAUGCAACGAAAGGGCGAGCCCACGGGGAAGGCGUCGGCCUGGCUCCUGCGCCCGCGGAUCCCGUGGGCCACAGUGGGAAAGCAAGCCUGCUCUCAAAAAGAAACACCAAGAAACUGGAUGCGGGGAAGAGUGAAGGUGCCAGCCAUGAUGUGCCAGGGUCUCCAGAGGACGUGGAGAAGAACCAGAAGAUCAUGCAGUGGAUCAUCGAAGGAGAGAAGGAGAUUAGCAGACACAAGAAGACAGGCCACGGGUCAUCAGGUGCCAAGAAGCCACUGGUGCACGAGGUGCCCCGCCCCAUCUCCGUCGAGCGCCCCAUGGCCGUGCACCCGUGGGUCAGCACCCAGCUUCGCAACGUCGUGCAGCCGUCGCACCCCUUCAUCCAGGACCCGACCAUGCCCCCCAACCCGGCCCCCAACCCGUUGACUCAGCUGGAGGAAGCUCGCCGGCGGCUGGAGGAAGAGGAGAAGCGGGCUGGCAAGGCGGCCGCCAAGCAGCGGUAUGUGCAGGAGGUUAUCCAGCGUGGGCGCUCCUCUGUCAGGCCAGCUUGUAUGCCAGUGCGGAAUGUGGUACCCGCCGUCUCCGACCUGGAUCUCUCCGAGUCCGAGUUGAAGCCGCAGAAGAGGCUGGGCGGCAGCGGCGGCAGCUCUUUGCAACCCUCGGAGAACAUUGUGGUGGCUUAUUACUUCUGUGGGGAGCCCAUCCCCUACCGCACCCUGGUCAAGGGGAGGGUGGUGAGCCUGGGGCACUUCAAGGAGCUGCUCACCAAGAAAGGGAAUUACCGGUAUUACUUUAAGAAAGUAAGCGACGAGUUUGACUGCGGCGUGGUGUUUGAAGAAGUGCGCGAGGACGAGGCCGUCUUGCCCAUCUUCGAAGAGAAGAUCAUUGGGAAGGUGGAGAAGAUCGACUAGCCCCGCUGGAGACGGGUGGGAGUGGCACCUGCUGCUUACCAGUGCAAGGGCCCUGGGCUGCCCGCGGAGGUCUUGGGUGUGCUGUGUGCCGUGUAGCAUCUUUAUCCAAUUGCAUUAGGGAGCAGAACAGCAUUGUUUUACUCAAGCCGCGACUUUCUGUUUAGCCCAUAAGAAAAGACACUUUGUGAGGUGCCAAGAGGUCUUUGGAACUGGCCAGUUUCUUGGAGCGGCGGCCAAGGGCAGGCGGGCAUCUGGCAAUGGGCGGUGAAAGGAAGUUGCCUCCCUGGGGCUCAGAGGGAGGGCCUUGGACUUCCAGGGCCUGGGAGCUUUCUCUCCCAGUCCUGGGCUUGCGAGCUGGUUGGCUAGUCUAGCAACCCUAAGAUUGGGCUGUCCAUGCUGGGUGCGUGGAAGUGCUCAGCUUCGCCUGCCCGUGGCUGAAAGGGGGCUGUUGGUACUUGCAGCCUGAAGGCCGUGGUCGGGAUGUGCUUCCCCCUGACCCUUCCUUUGGGCUUCAGCCAAUUUCCCCCCAUUGAGUCUCAUGGACCCGUGUGCCUUUUCCUGAGGAGUCGUCCCCUGCCUCAUCCAGACUGCCUCCCUCCGUCUAUCUGGCACCCACUAGCUCUGCUGCCUGUCUCCUGUGUGCCGCCCGCCACUCCCCUGUUGCGCACGGGGCUCAGGGCCAUGCCCGUCCUCUUCUGAUGUCACCGAGUGCCUUUAACUCAGAUCUCCUCUCCGAGGGCAGGAAGAGCCCCGCAGCUGGGUUGCCCCGGGGAUCUGCCCCUCGUGCUCCACAUUGGAUAUGGAUUUUUAAUGUGUGAUCCUCAGCAAUGACGGGUUUUUCAUUUCCCUCCUUACCCCCCCCCCCCCGCAAGAAGGGUUCAAUUGUAAAUAUGUACAUUUUCUAAAUAAACUAUCAGCGACUAGCAGUUGGGCUGACGGCUGGUGACUCCCAAGCAUUUUUCACAAGCUGACUUGUACAAUUAUCUUUUGAAAGGUACUUGGACAAUAAUGGAAUAAAUCCUGCUGUUCAAAUGGC